UGAAGGAACGUAGGACGUGAUGAUGUGAAGUGCAGUGAUUGUGAUAGUGAUGUUUAUUGGAAAUGUUUACAAACUUGAAAUUGCCGCUGAUGAAACAGAAAGGGGCAAAGGAGGAGCCCCUAUACUGCUAUAGGAGUGUCAAAACAAAACCACCUAAAACGCCGACACUGUCAAGAGUGAAACGCCAUCAAAGACGUCGUUCAGAACCCGGUAUCGUCCCUUCAAUAAUAGGAUUUACUAAAGACUCUGUAGCCCACGAGUCAGAUCGACUAGCUCCAGGAGAUAGAAUCUGCAGCGUGAACGGAAUAUCCACAGCUCGGUUGACCAAUGAUGAGGUACUCAGGCUACUGGACAAUGUUGAGGAAAGGGCCUCGUUGGAGGUCGAGUAUUAUAUGCCAAAUUACGCCUCCCAAAACUCCUUGUAUAUCACAACCAAGCUAGCAGAAGUGCCUGUCGAAAAAAUAAAUGGCUCUCUGGGUAUCACAAUCCGAGGUGGUCUACCAGAGAAUUCGGCUCCGAGCGCUGAUCUGGUGCUGAACAGUAGAUCUCUGGAUGCCCAACCAUUGGUGGUAACUCAUGUCAGGCCAGGUGGAGCGGCCUAUAACACAUCCAGAAUUAAACCUGGAGAUAGACUUUUGAAAGUAGACCAUAUAUCACUAACAAAUAAAACACUUUCGGAAGUACACCAAAUAUUGCAAAAUUGCCCUCAACUCACCAGCCUCACCAUAGAAUAUGAUGUUUCAAUUAUGGAAUCAGUGAAACUGGCAACUGGACCUUUAUUAAUAGAGAUUGAGAGGCCUUGUAAUGAAGAUCUGGGCCUGUUCCUCAGUAACCAGAGGUACUCAGAUGACGUGUACACUAACGCAUCAGAUACUUACCAAAGAGUGGGGAAUUGUAAUGCUAUUUAUAUAGAUAGUAUCUUGCCGGCCAGUAUAAGUGAUAGAUGCGGCGCAUUACACCCUGGUGACCAGUUGCUUGCCUUCGAUGAUCAUGUCAUAGACGGGAAUAAUUACACUGCUGAAGAGGUGAUGUGCUACUUAGAGAACAGUGAAGGUGGAUUUACAAGAUUACAUGUCGCUCCAAGACACGUUCUAGCACAUGGAGGACGUUAUACUAGAGAAAACUCUGUAUCGGGUACAUCAACACUUAAUACCAAGAAGCAUCGUCAAAGGAACUACAGACAAAGCUCUAUGCCAAAACUGGGCUUACAAGACGAUUACGAUAGUCAACAGAACUACAUGAGUAUGGGUGUUUGUCGUACGGAAUCGUUGAAUAUUCAGUUGGAAGUACCACCAGGACAGAGCAGCGGUUUGGCAGUGCAUGAGGAAAAUUCAGCGUUGGUGAUAUCUCAUCUGGCAGCACAGUCGCCAGCUUAUAGAUCCGGUUGUGUACAAAUAAGAGACAGAGUAAUGUCCAUUAAUGGACACGAAAAUCUGACUGUGGACGUUGCUAAUGAAAUAUUACAGAGAAGAAAUGACUCCCACAAUCCUAAGUACCUGACAUUAAACGUGGAGUUCAGCAUGGCUAACACGAUAGAAGCCUCGAGUGGUGUAUUUAAUGUGAAAUUGGCUAAAACUACAGGAGGCCUUGGAGUUACUAUCACAGGAUGUAAACAAAAAUUAUUAAGUAAUGAAGAACCGAUGGUGAUAUCAGAUAUAAAACCAGGAUCCGUGGCACACAGGAGCGGGGCACUGGCCCCGGGAGAUCAGUUGCUUGCGAUCAAUGGGCAGCCAUUACAUAAUUUAUCGCUGGAUACGGCUUUUAAUAUUCUACAAAAUUCACCGGACGAUAUAAUUACGUUGAAAAUCAGAAAGCGUGACCUAACCGAGGAUUGGGCGAAUAUUCACAAGCACAACGCCAAACUAACAUUACAAAGUUUCAGUAAUAUUGAAAUUAAAGCAGUGGUACAUAGCGGCGAAGAUUCUGGGCACCAUACAGAGAGCCCUAAUAAUAGUGCUAAGGAAAGCGAACGCAGUCACGGUAGCAAUGAAAAUGGUAAUACGGCUGUUUUCACUGUCGAGUUAAUUAAGCAAGAGAACGGGCCCUUGGGAUUAACAAUCGCUGGUAGCGAGGACGUAACGCAGCCUAUUUUGUUAAGUGGUCUCGUCGAGGGAGGCGUAGCUGAGAAAUGUGGAAAAUUAGCUAUAGGCGAUGAGUUAUUAAGCAUAAACGGUGAGAGUGUUCUCAGCAAACCACUUUCUGAAGCUAUUAAACUUCUCCAACAGAGCGGUCAAAGAAUUCAAUUACAGCUGUGCAGAAAAGUUACAGGAUCAUUAGAGAGUGCUGAAUGCAGCGCGAGAGAUUCUAGUCAUUCCACGUCAAGCCCUGGACUUUCAAAUGAUAGUGCAGUUGAAUCUUGGGAUCAGAAUACACCUGUUAGAACAAGUGCUAAUUGUGGUAACUCAGACGUAAUAGAAUAUGCAGUACCAGAUAAAACGAGAAUUAUAGACAAACAGCCGUACUCUCCAACAGACGAGGACAAACUAAUGGCGUCUAAUUUCAAUUCAGCUGCACCGUACAGCAUUAACGAUCUACCACUACCGAAUUACUCUUUGAACAAUUCCCUAAAAACUUUCCACUACGAAAACACAUGCAUCAUUCCAGAAAAUACACUGAAGAACAAACAAAAUAUCACGAGGGAGGAUGAUGUACAGCAAAUCGAGAUUUUGACAUCAAAUAUGAAGGAAUGCCAGUUACACAAUAUGGAGAGAUCGUCGUGUAAAUGUGAUUACGUGCAGAUGGGGCCAUAUGGAAUGGUAUCGCCGAAGAUCAGACGUCCUAAUUGGGAUAAUGAUUAUUUAAAUAACGGUAUAUAUACGGUAACAACACCGCAGAAAUCUCCGCACAAACCAAAUAUACCCGGUACAAGUUUUCAAUUCUCCACUAGUCCUGUUUAUGAAAAUGAUGUUCCAGGUCUAUACAACAAUGAAGCAUCACCAGCCCGCGGUUCUAUACACCACGUUAUCUUAUACAAGGACGCUAUCUACGAUGACUACGGCUUCUCAGUGUCUGAUGGAUUGUAUGAGCGAGGGGUGUACAUCAAUCGAAUAAGGAAGGGUGGCCCCGCCGACAUUGUAGGGUUAUUGAGGCCUUUCGACAGAAUAUUGCAGGUAAAUGGUACAAGAACGGUAGACUACGAUUGCUGUCUCACCGUACCACUGAUAGCAUCGGCCGGUGAUCGUCUCGAGAUUGUCGUGCAAAGGCUUGCAACCUCCAGGGAUCUGAAGAAUCAGAGAUUGGAUGACAGUUCAAGCCCGAGCGACAGUAGUAUAGUGACAAAAACUAUUUAGUGUCUAACCCGACUUUAGUGAAAUAACACCAAAGACUAGAAGAUUUAGUGUUAAUAAAAGUACUAUUGAAGUGUGUACUUAAUUUAUAUCAAAUAAACAUUGAACUGUGAGGGAACUCCAAAUAGUUACAAUCUAUUUAUAAAUAGCUGUAAUAGUUUUAGAUAUACCUACAUUGAAAGUUACGAUUUAGGAUGUGCUACUAAUUGAAAAUUUAAAAUAAUAUUAU